AUGGAAUCGCCCGACUCACCCUACACAUCUUCCCCAGAAGGUCCUCCGAAGCGGUCUGUGCAGGCCAGAUCUCCGGGACCUGGUAAGAUCUUGUUCACUUUGCAUUGUUAUCUCCGAGCGCGAUAUUUUGUUCUCUUUAAGCAAUCCGGAUAGGCGCCAAAAUCAAGAGCCCAAGAUCUGGCCCUGUUGUUUGGUCGUCGCGGUUUCUGCUACUGGCUGGUACUUUUAGACCAUCUAAGUUUCAACUUUUGUUCUGAUUUCUUCCGUCGGGUAUUUUCUGCCCUAUUUUUGGCUCAUAUGUCCAACUUUGUUGGCCUGUAUGCGGAAGGGAGUCCCUGAAUCAUUAUUUAAGGGUUUCCCUGGCGUUGCAAAGACCAUGCUAUCUGUAAACCCUCUAAAUAUCAGAAAACCAUUUUCUGUCACGGACGCCCAACCUUUAGCUCAAGGGUUCGAAGGUGCUAGACGAACAGAAUUGUGCAGUAAAUGCGUGGAAUGUAGCGCCGUGGAUCUCGUAUGUCACAAAUACUGGAUCCUGCUCGAACAAUUCAUAAGGUUGGAAAUGAAGUCUGCUUUUCAGGGCCUUGGAGUUUGCUUUUCAAAAUGAAGUGGCCAAAUGCUCUGACUAAACGUGCCUUCUUCGUCUUAAACUAAAGCACUUUUGUGAUAGAAUAUAUGACAGAAGACACCUUAAUUUUCUCAGGUCUGGUGUAAAUACUAGAAAAUGAUUGUCUGAGAGAAACCAAUGAGAGUAGGUGAUGUACCCUGACUGGAAGAUAUCUCAGGGAGGUCUUCAGAGGCGGCAGUUAUGGUCUUUUUCCUCUGGAAAUCCUUUGAAAACACCCUUUCCGUUCUCCUAGCUGUUAGUCUGUGUCGCAAUGCAUGACGCCUGCCAAACCUUGGACAUAAGAAUUAGGAUGUUUCGCUGAACAUUUCACUUAUGUUGGCUUCUAAAAUGCGCAAUUUCACUAGCACUUUGCAUGGUGGAUUCUCCCUUACUACACCUGUGGGUCCUCUGCAACUUGAUGGAUUUCCUCCUGUCUUUUCUUAGAGAAACGCUCUCCUUGUAGCUUCAAUCGUGUUUACGUCAGUCCCUGAAAGUUCGAAAAUUUUAGGUAAUGCACACAUCUGUAAUAUUUUUUCCUUAUUUUAGUUUGGACGAUCAACCAUCUGAUCCAUUGAAGAUCUACAGCCAACACCUUGAAUUUCAGAUGGCAAAUUUUUUAUUAGUUUUCUUUAAAAUGAUCUUCCAGUUAUAAAAUUACAGAAUGAUUUGGAGUCCUGUUUGGAUCCUUGUUCGAUUGCCUUCACCUAAGAAAGAGUUUUUGGAUGCGGGCUAAAUUAUUGAUCAUCUGAUGGAUUUUCAUUUAUCUUGUUGUAUAAGAAUCCCUACCAACCAAACCUAGCUGAAGUUAAUCCCCGGACUUUAUACCAACCCGCACAUAUCUUUUCGACUACAAUGUGUGCAUCUCGUAAGGCCAACGAAUUCUGAUAGCCCGUCCAGUGUGAGAAGAAAAAGGAUCUCAGCAGAAGGACCUGCCACACCGUUUGUGGGACUGCAGAAUAUUGCCACGCACUCGUUACUUACGAACUGAGCAAGCUACGGGAACGUUUCCCGCUUUCAAUGUUAAAUGAGAAAGCUUCCAGUUGAGCCCUGUUUUUCUUAGCUGGAAAAUCAAAAUGACUUUGGCUAACUUGUCAUUAAUUUAUUUUUUAGUGCCUCUUUAGCACCUUUUAUCUGCACCUGUUUGCUUUGCAGUGAUUCGUUAACUAAUGUGCUGGUUUUUUCAGAUGAUAAAGAGAAAUCAACAUAUGUUAGGUUCCUUGUGUCAAACUCAGAAGCUGGAUGUAUCAUUGGAAAGGGUGGAUCAACGAUCAUGGAGUUUCAAACACAGUCAGGAGCUCGCAUUCAGUUAUCACGUAAUCAUGAGUUCUUUCCUGGUACAUCAGAUCGAAUUAUCAUGAUUUCUGGGGCAUUCCUUGAUAUAAUGAAGGCAAUGGAACUCAUUCUUCAGAAAUUACUUACCGAGGUAAUUUCAGUUCUUGUUAGUUGCUUAAAAACAUAUUCCUUAUCUAUAGGUCCCAACGUCCUGUGAACUGACCCUGAUUUUUACAUUUGCCUAACAUAUUGCUGUAGGAAUAAACUUUUUCUUUUCAUGAUAAACAGGCUGAAGAGGGAACUGACCCUGAGAGUAAAUCAAAAGUGAGGAUCAUUGUCCCAAACAGCUGCUGCGGUGGCAUAAUUGGGAAAGGAGGCUCUACCAUAAAGUAAAAACAGUAGUUCCUUCUUUUUCUUUUGUAUUCCCAAAAUAUCGUUUUAUAACUUAGAUGUUUUUUACGUAGUAAAUAAUCAAAAAUUUUGUGGUUUUUUUAGUUUUGCACAUCUGAGCAGCAUAUGAAAUGCUCACUCUAGUGGCCUACGUUUUGACUAAUACGGCUUCUGUAUGCUCAUGUUUCUAUCUUUUGCUGGCGGAAAUGUAAUACCAUGAUGCUCCUCUGCUUGGAUAUGAUACUACAAUCGUGGAGUAGGCUUGUGGUCGACAGAUUUUUAAGGAAUCGCCAUGCCUAGGUUUUUUCAUAUUUUUUGGGGAACUUGGCAUUUUUGUGUAUGCUGACUUUUAUCUCCCCAGUAGUCUGGACCUUAUUGUGAAAAAUUAUGAGAGUCAAUGUCUCGAGUUGCUUUUGAGGUAGGCUGAUGUGCUGUCUUUUGAGACUGGAUUGACUUUUUUGUUGAAACAUUGUACCAGACAUUUGUAAACCUUCCAUAUGUCAACUUGACAAAUUGAUUUUUGACUGGGCUUUCAUUUGUGUCCCGAUCACAACAUAAGACUAUAAUAUAUCACAAAUGAAAGCUUUAUGCUCCAUGAUGUUCAGUGAGCACUGACUGGGUUUUCACUCGUGGUGUCAGCUAGAGAAUGGAAGGUCGAGUAAGAGUGCUACUUUGGAAAUGACAUUUAAACGUGGGGGAGGAAAUCUUGUAGGGGCUAAAGGAAUCUAGAAAAAAAAAAAAAAAUGAUCUCAGAGAUAUAUAGCAAUGCGUGCUGAAUUGCAAUUUUCUUUUACCUCCAAAAAAUUCAGGUUCAAAGAUAUCUACUUGUCAAUGGUGAUUGAAAACAUUACGAAAGGACAAGGUAUGAAAUGCUAACAGUCUAGUGCCUCUGUUCAUCCGUCCUGACGGAUUUAGCUACCACCAGAUUGAGUGGCAGCAUGGGGAAAGCCCAAAUCACUGAUGUUGUUAGUGAUUUGGGCUUCAACUUUUAGUAGUCAUUACUUUUCAAAGAUCUGUUAGUCAAACAACAGGAGGGGACAUUGGAAAGUAGCAUUUCUUAUGUCGUUAAAGGUUCUUUUUUGCCCUCCAGUACGUCAUGGACAAGUUUAUGACCAUUCAUUGGAUGCACACCCACUGAUGUAUAUAUAUAUAUAUAUAUAUUAUAUUAUUACUGACUAUACCUUUUAUUUUUAUUUUAUCAAUCUGCUGAUGAGAUCGCUUGGUACCCAAAUUUUUUUCGUCCUGUAAUAGACUUUGUUAUUUCAAUAUAAUGCUAAUUCAACUACAAUGUCUUUGAACAGAUCUCUUAUUGAAGAAUCCCAGGCUGGUAUCAAGAUAUCUCCCCAGGAUCAUGCUUAUGUUGGGUUGAAUGACAGACUAGUGACGCUGACAGGGUCUCUGGAGGAGCGGAUAAGGGCAAUCUGUCUGAUUUUGUCAAAAUUAGCAGAAGAUUCCCAUUAUUUGCAAUCCAUAAAUUCUCCAUAUCCGUAUGCUGGUAUGACGUCAGCAUCCUCAAAUAUUUCUUUAAUUAGCCUUUUCUGUUCGAGUACUUCCAAAACAAAACAAUACAAAAAUCUAUUAUGCAUGUGCCUUUUAGCAUAUGACUCUAUUUAUGACAUGAGUUGGAGUGUCAGUUUAUGUCAUGCUAAGUCAACUUUGAAUUCCCGGUAAUUGUAAGGUUGGGUACUUUUACAUCAAAGAUAUUCUUCCCUAAGCUAUCCAUGGUAGCGAUUAACGUUUCUAACACUCCCUUCCGAAUGUAGCCAUUGGUUAAAACAACAAAAAAGGCACCUCUUGAGAAGUAGGAAGCAAAAGUUUGAUGGUUGGUGCAUUGUUUCUAUAGCAUAGGAAGCCGUUCUACAGGAUACAAUUGAAGGGUUCGAGCCUAUUGUGAUUGCUAAUUUGUGCUUUCUCCUGUACUUUCUUAGAAACCUUUGAUCACAUAGUCAUUAAAUGUCUCACAACAUACUCCCUAAGAGAGGAUUGAGGAUUGCCCCAGACCUCAUGAGAUUGUUAGCAAUGUUUCCUCUAAUGAUCUCUUGGAGAAUGGUCACAUUUUAGUGAAGCUUGGAAUCGACGAACAUCUCAAAAAAUUGUUGGGCUCCCUUUAGUCCAGUUGCCUGAUUUUCUUAUAUCCUGGAUACGUGGGUUCGCAUUUAGGAGGCAUGAUUUUUAUUAACUUAUGAUCGCACAAAGGGGGUGUAAUUAAGUUCUGUGGUUAACAUAUGAGCCUGCUCCACUCAUUAACGACUGUUUUUCGGAUUGAAUGGUCUAAUCCUUUAUCGACAAAUAUUUUCAUUCGAAAGUUUAUUUUCAGCUGUUUCUCAGUACUUUUGCGAGAUAUUAUUCUGGUUAUUAUGAUAAAUUUUUACCGAGGGCACAAUUAACCAUGGCAACUGCGUUAUGCUUGUAUUUAUCUAGUACUGCACUGAUAGCAUCCAUGAUAUAACAGUAGUGCUUGAUUUGGGCAAAUAUAAAUCGGCAAAUCCCAUGUCUCUGGGAUUCUUAAUUCUUAUGCCAUAAAUGUGUGCUUGAUAGGUGUCAGAAACUACAAUAAUUCGAGGACAAGAUUUGUUUUACAAAACAUUUCAUUUGGGGGGGGGGGGGGCACAAAAAUAGACUUGCUUUUUUGGAAUAGUAGAUUCUAUCACUCAGGAACACUCAGCUGUUAACCAUAGAUCUGUUGAAUUGGUAACAGACCAUAGCUCUCAUAGCUUUAUCCUUGAUUCUCCGUCACAGCUGGACAAUCAUUUUCGUUGUUGUUUUAUUGAUCAUGUAACUUUUGCCUCCUUCUGUAUGGUAACCAUAACUUUUUUCGAGGAAUAGGCAUGUGGAAUUUGAUUAUUGGUUACUUCAACUUGUAUAUUUAGGUCUUAACUUAUCCGGUUUUCAUGGUGUUCCGGUUGGGUUCGUGAUUCCUUCUGUAGCAUACAACACAAUAAACUAUGGAUCAAACGGUGCUGGCGUGAAGUACCAGAAUAGCAAGGUUCUAUUUUCUCUUAACUCUUGGUCUUAUAUGUAGUUUUUUAUUUUAUUUUACUUCGUCUGAUUUGUCACUCUGUGCAUGAACACGUUUCUACUGAUUCUUUGGAUCGUUGUGGGUUCCUCUUUUCUGGCUCAUCGUUUUUCUAAAAAUAUUUAUAUUUUCCUAGCCCUAGAGAACUCUGAUAGAUGAACUCCUCUGGGUUUCCUCACCUCAAGCGACUGUGUUUAUCCUCAUUCAGCCACAUUGCUUUAAGCCUAGUUGAACCUGCGUGUUUAUCAUUUCUUAACAAGGUUCAUGGUACCCGAUAUUAAGCUCAAUAUGGACAAUAACAUAGAGGAAGGCCAUGAGAGAGUGACUACUUGAUUUGUAUCUAGAAAACGAGGAACUUAAUUGGUGAAUUCCUCCGGGUUCCUCAUCUCCGGAAACUCUGUGGUCCUUGUUCAAUCUUUUUAUUUUAGCCCUGAUUGGUUGGGCAUGUUUAUCAUUUCUCUAGAACAUAUUAAACAUCACCAAAGAUAGAACUCCAUAUGGAGAUUAAGAACCAAUGAAAUAAAUUCUUAAGAGGGUUUCCCCAUUCUUGGAUCUGGGAGGAUUAUCCUGGGACAAAAAAGUACUCUUUUUUUUUUUUUUUGGAGGGGGGGGAGAGGAAUUAUAGCUUGCGGUUCCGAGGCAUAUUAGUUCUAAUGUAACUGUGAUUUCCAGUCUCUUAUCCUCGGAUGUUUUAAUCAUGGUUAUUUCCAGGGUCUGAUGCCGCAGGCGCGCCCCUCUAGUGGAGCCCAUGAUGGGCAUGCUGAUUCAGUCACCAUUGGAGUAGCUGAUGAGCAUAUUGGAGCCAUAGUUGGUCGCGGGGGGCGGAACAUAAUGGAGAUCAGUCAGGUGCGGCUGUUCUUCCUCUGUUUCUGUUCUCCCAAAUCACAUAUGAAUCUGCAAAAUUACCUAUUCCUUCAUCUUCUGGAGACCAUCUAAUCAAAUUGAGGUCUCCAGUCGGUGGUUAUCUGAGAUGAACCGAACCCGUCAGUUCUGGGAUGACGAGGAAUGAACCCAUCCUUACCAUUCUGAGUGCUCUGCAGGCUAGCGGAGCCAAGAUCAAGAUAUCAGAUAGAGGAGAUUUCAUGUCCGGAACGUCUGACAGGUACAGUCGCCCGUCUCGCCGUCUUCCUGCUCAGGCUUGUUCUCACUCUGACCUGGUCCUCUGCCGUGGAACAGGAAGGUGACCAUCACGGGAACGCAGGAGGCGAUUCGCGCGGCCGAGACCAUGAUCAUGCACAAGAUCUCCUCCAGCUCCGAGAGGUGA